ACGACACCUAAUUCUAUUGGUCGUAUACAGUAUAUCGUCGACAAGAGAGUCUCUCUUCAGUCUGCACUUGCGCCUUCGAUCUUGCGAAGGUGGUGGUGUCACAUGAGGACAGUUUAAUAGUGGAACUUUAAACAGUGGUUUACAGACAAUCAACAACAUGGCAGGCAUCGGCAGGCUCUCCACCAAGGAAGCGGUGCUCCUCCUGUGCGACAUGCAGGAGAAGUUUCGACCCAACAUCUUCCAGUUCACCAACAUUGUCAGCAAUGCAGCCAGAUUGCUCCAGGCCGGUCGUGUUCUGGGGAUCCCUGCCAUCCUGACGGAGCAGUACCCUAAAGGUUUGGGCCCCACAGUGCCAGAGCUUGGAGCGGAGGGCCUAACGGCUUAUGCUAAAACGUCAUUCACCAUGAUGACAGAGGAGGUGGAGAAGCAAAUGCAGGCUCUGGGAAACCCCAAGCAGGCUAUCCUGUGUGGCAUAGAGGCGCACGCUUGUAUUGCGUGUACGACAUUUGACCUGCUGGAAAAGGGAAUAGAGGUCCACAUCGUGUCCGACGCCGUCUCGUCGCGGAGCCAGACGGACCGCUUGUUCGCUCUGUCCCGCCUGAAGCAGAGCGGUGCCUUCCUCACCACCACCGAGGCCGUCCUGCUGCAGCUGGUCCAAGGCGCAAAACAUCCCAACUUCAAGGAGAUUCAGCAGCUGAUGAUGCAGCCGUCCCCUGACACCGGCCUCCUUGCCUACUUCAGUGCGCUCUAAAAAGAAGAAGAACAGCAAGAAGGCACAGUCAUACUUGCAAACUACACGGUAUUCCAAAGCCAUCAACAUACUAAGUGCUUCAAUAAAAGGAUGCUGUAUUAUUCAUUGUA